AUGCAAAACAAGACCUUCAUACACCAGCUGCACGCGAUCCUGCAGCAGCCCGAGCUGGAGCGAUGGAUCCGGUGGGAACCCGACGAGCAGCUCCGCGGCGUGUUCUCGCUGCGGCCGCACGACGCGGCCUUCUCCACAAACGUGCUCAAGCGCUACUUCAAGCACGGAAACGUCAGCAGUUUUGUCCGCCAGCUUCAUAUGUACGGCUUCCACAAGCUGGCGGCGCCCACGGCGCCGACCAGCACCGAGCCGGCCAGUCCGGCCACCAGCCCGGCCGCCAGCGCAGGCUCAAGUGUAGCCGGAGGCGGCACCAGCAGUGCGGAUGGCAGCGCGGGCGCCGCGGCCACAACCGCGGGCACCAAGUCCGGCAAGAGCGCUGUCGUGUGGCAAUUCUCGCACCCUUCCGGUGCGUUUUGCCGAGACAGUACCAUGAGCGAGCUUGGUCGCAUCCAGCGCAAGAGCGGCGGCGUCGGCAAGAACGGGAAGCGCAAAAACGUGCUCUCCGCCGUGUGCGUGAACUACGUUGACACCACUGCCGCAGCGUCCAUUGUCUCGAGGCCUUCCUCCGCGAUGUCGGGGAGCGACGAGGCCCCCCAAAUGACGCCGCUGCCGAGCCUCAGGCCCUUGACCACGCCAGCUCCCCCAGAAUCGGCAAGAAGCCCGUCCUCCCCUGAUCUGCUCUCUCAGAAGGGCUCCAGCGGGUCCUCUAAUUCUGUUCCCCAGUUAUCGGCUUUGUACCCUGGAUCCACGCCUGUUCCAGCAGGCCCUCAAAACCUGACUUUGCAACAUCUUCAACACAAUAUCAAUCUCAUCCAGAGGGGCAUGGUCACAAUACUCGAUGUACUCCAGCAGUUCCCCCCACAAUCUUCCACCGAGGCUGAGACCAUCUCUGCAACGUUGCAGGCGCUGAGAAAUGAUAUCAUAAGUGCGGACACCAAAUGGACUCACCUCAGGUAUCCUAUCGUUUCCGCACAUUCCAGCUUUAGCAGCGUGGGCUCGUCCUUCUCCAAUGCUCCUCCCGGGUCCGGCAGCCGCUUCCCCAGUCUCUCGACGCAAAAAAGCUCUGUGUUCAGUAACACGCGGUUCAGUAAUGCCAGCAUACCGAGGAGCUCCUCCUCAGGCCAGAGUACAACUGACAAUUGGGGUUUAGCCCCCCCUCACAAGAAGAAAUAA